AUGGCGGUAUUUCGGGACAUGGAGGAGGUGAGCCAGGGACUGCUCGGUCUGCUCAACCCCAACCGAGCCGGGGCGCGAGUGCGGCGGCUCCUGGGGAGGCAGGAGCGGAUGAUCGAGAGGCUGCUGGACACGAACAAAAGCACUCAUCGGCUCCUCUCAGAGAUCCUUGCUAUGGAGGAAGAUGUGGCCCAGAAACUAAUUGAUGAGAAAGAAACAGCACAACACGUUGAAUCCAAGUUACAGAAAUUUGAAUCUGAGCUUCAGAAGACCAGCGAGAAGGAUGCCAGUCUACAGGCUGAUCUCCAUCUGUUGACGAAAGAGCUGGAAGAACUCAAGGAAAUGGAAGAAGACCUCACAAAGACAGAAGGAGAAGUGGAUGAAGAUACAACUGUUGUGAUCCCUUCAGCUAUGUAUAUAUCUCAACUUUAUCAUCGGGUCAGUAAAAUUGAGUGGGAUUAUGAAUGUGAACCAACUGUGAUCAAAGGCAUUCAUCAUGGUCCCAGUAUUGCCCAGCCUAUCCAUUUUGACAGCACCCAGCACUCUAAGAAAUUUAUCAGUGACUAUCUCUGGAACUUGGUGGACACACAGUGGUGA